GCUCGACGGCAGCUACGUCUUUUUUUGAUUAGGGUGCGUUCCCUUUGUUUUGAUAGCAAACAUUGGGAGAGGAGAAGCAGAUGUUCAUUCAUUUCAUUCGAAUGAUAAGAGUUCUAAUUGUUGUAUCAAUUUUAUUUCAAGUUGAACGUUGUGCAAAAUUACGUUUUCGUGGAGUUUGUUUUAGUGAAAUAUCGGAACUAUGCUGAUACUUUGUACAAAUUGUUCUCUAGUGAAAUAUCAAUUAUUAAAAAAAUAUUCCAAAAUAGUCGUUAUUAAGAAAUACUUUUAAAUUUAAAUCUCCUCUAUUCGAUUUAUCUCCCAAGUUCAUGUCCUCGAACACCAAAACAUAUAUAACUUGAACAUAUUCAUUAAAUACAUUUAUAGCCGGUUUUUUCGAUUCCUAUACAUUUUAUACGCAUAUAGAAUAGCACCUCACUUCAUUUCCGAGGGUGCGUUCGUGUGCCCAUAAUGACUCAAGUUCAUGAGAAUUGGAAAGUUAUUUCACAUUCCAUCGCAUUCAGCUUUCCAGUCGAAUUAUUCGCUUGACAUUUGUUAUCAACAUACACAUUGAUGCGAUGUGUUGUUCACACCUGUGAUGAAAACGAGGAACACAACAAAAUUCAAAAUAUUUGCAUUGCGCAUGCGUUCGAUUGUAAGAGGAUGAGGGACUUUGACAACUUCAGUUUCAAGUGUACAAUUUUUGGGCGAGACGAAUAAUUUGAUUAGACCAAAUUUAAAAAAAAAAACUAAAACCAGUUUUUGUAAAACGAAACGUUACCAAUCAAUAUAGUUACCAAUCAAUAUAGUUACCAGUUAUGAAUUAAAAAAGUUGAACGCACAAGUUUUGAAGUGAUUAACGUUGAUGAAAAUGUUGAAACAAGAGAAUUUGGCCGCGAAUUUCUGUGGUUUACUAACGCGCCACUAUAACUACCGAAAAACAGCAAUCGAAUGGCGGAUUUUGGGCCAAGAGCAGGAUGGUUCGAUGAUUGCAUCGUGGAUUUCAUUAUCGGUUAAUGAAACGCCCAUCGAACGAAGUCACAUCGGUCUGUACAAUCCUGUCGAAAAGCAAUUCAAAAUACUGCACUCAUUCGAGAAACGAGAGAAUUGUAUACAAGCCUCAGUCAAUAACAGUCACACAUUGUUGACGUAUGUCUUGAAAGGAUCUCGCACUAAACCGUCAACCAAUGACAUAGCAACAGUAUCCGAAUUUGUGUACAUGCCAUUCAUCGUUGACGUAAAAACCGAUAAUGAUGCAUCAUCGAAGUGUGUGCGAAAGUGUCUGAUGCCCGAGGGAUCAUCCAAACAGGUGAUGGCACAAUUUCUGUGGCAGAAAAAAUCGAUAUUCGAAAAAACAUUCGAAGAUAAAUUGCUGAUGUUCAUUCAUGACGACUGCAUUACACUGCUGAAAACUAAAUUGGCCAAAUUACCGGACACCAAUGAAAUUGACCUGAAAAAUACCAACAGUUGGCAAUUGGAUACGGAUUCAAUCACACGUGAAGUGAUUGUCAAACAUUUUAUAUGGGCACAAUGGGAUCCAAUUACACAGGCCUUGUUCUACAUUCACUUGAAGCCAACAGUAAAGAGCUCGCUUGAAAAAGAAGAUGACAGAGCUAAAGAAAGCGAUACAUCGACAACAACAACACUAUCGGCACAUCAGUUUCACGAGAAUUUACCCAGAGAGACUGUGAUGAACAUUCCAUUGAAUUUGCCAAACAUUCCCUUGACAUCCUCAGUACCCGUCUAUGAUGAUGACACAGUACCGCUUCGUAUUCAUGAUUCAUCGUUGAAUUUGAUCAUCGUCACCGAUGAAUCGGGAAUGUUAUUCGUGUGCCAUUACUGUAUCUACCAGCCAAUCAAUUUGCCUGUAGACGAGGAACUAGACUCGGCUAUAGUUUCGCCGAGUGAGAGCGAGUUAAAACAUGACAUUGAACCGACAAAAGUGGAACCCAUUCAGGCAGCGACCGUUCAUUUCAGUUAUUCUGUAACACUGUUGCACCAAAACUGCAUAAUCCAUUGUGCCAUCCCAGGAAUACCGUUGGAAAAGGCCAAAUAUAUGAAACCAACAUUCACAAUUCAUGGCGAUCAUCAUCUUCUUGUUUACCAAGCCGAUAUCUUUUGUCAUUUGCUCGAUGUCGGUUUGACACACGAGCCAUGCUGUCACAUUGUUUGUGCUCCGAAUUUCAACUCACAAACCGAACAGAGUCUCACACAUUUGGUGCCAUGCUUGAAGUGGGGAUCCAUUGCAUAUGACACGAUCACUUUGAAUUUGGUUUCAAUCAACGUUCCAAAAUCCCAUUUGAUUGAUGCGUUCAAAACGGAUAAAUCGAUCGACAAUCGCUUGAGCAUUUUGCACUAUUUCCUCGUUCACUCGAAUGAUAUGGAUAUUUUAUCGGAACUCAUCGCAAUAAUAAUGGAAGUGGCAGCUAGUUUGGAUACAGUUCCACUGUUGAAAGAAGCGUUCAUUGCCGGUGCGUAUGCAUCAACAAUGAAAAGUUUACCAAAGGAUGCUCUACCAUUGGCUCGACUGUUACCAUUAACUUCGUGCAAUACGAAGAAACCAUUACACGCCAAAAUCAACAAUCUGUCUAAUGGAAUAUCGCAUGAAAUCCUCCAUAGUACAACUAUGAUGUUGUUAUCACCGCAACAACGUCUAUCCCCAUUCAAGGUCGAUAUCUGGACGAAGCUUUGGGAGCGUUUGAAUGAUAUAAAUAAAACGCAGCCUCGAUUUUCUCCCGAGAUCGUAGUUGAAAAACUGAUGUAUUCAUUGGCUUGCUAUCAACCGGAAGCACUAUCACGUUGCACAACACCAAUGUCCCCGGGUUGUCCAUUAUCACCGAUGAAUUUCAUCGAUUACGGAUCUCGCCGCUUGAGCUCGAAUAAUGUGCUGCCAUUUUUAGAGCUGGAAACAUGCACUGCAUCGAAACAAGAGCAUGUCAUUUCAGUGAAUCUUCGAGAACUGAGUGUCUACUUGGUAAAGCAUACAGCAAAGCAAAACACUGGGUUUCGUUGGUUGAAGGACGCACACAUCGUUCAGGCUCCAAGUCAUGUCAACACUGUUGCAUCGCAAUAUGCAGCUGCUCAAUUAGAACUGUCUCGCGCUCUCUGCGUUUUCGUCUGUCGUGCUGCUGGCGUUGACGCCCGGUUUGCACCAUGCCGCGGCUUCACAUUAAUUGACACUCUUCCAUCUAAUCAGCUAAGGAAACUAUUCAUGAUCUUGGAGCGCUUUUUCAGUGCGAUUGAAUCAAUUGCGUUCCCAUUGCCACAAGGUUUUUCAGCAUUUUUCGCAUAUUUGGGUUAUCAUGCACUUGAUUUUAAAACAUUUCUGCAGUACGUAGACCACAAUGUCUUCGAAUUACAAAUUGACGUUCUCAACGGGAUCUUCAAAGCAAUCGGCAGCGAUUCGGCAAAAGCGGCGGAAAGGAAGCAUUUAAUAUUAUCGAAAGUUCCGCGUUCACGUUCUUAUCGAAUUUUGAAAAAUCUCAAUGAUUCUCGUACGCUGCGUGUAUUGGGUCGAGAUCAUGCGAAUGCGAUUUUGUCGGGCGUCAACAGUGCAAAUUCCAGAAAAAAUUCCAAAACUAUGUCAAUCGGUCGACAAAAGGAAGAUGAGAAAUUCUCCCCAUUGGAUACAUUCCUUGAUUUGCUAACGGCCAAAGCAAGUCUCAACGAACUUGAUUUCAAUCUCCUGAUUGAAACUACCAUGCGCUCUCUCGAAGAAUCACAAGUUUAAUUUCCCCUUCAAUCAUACAAAGUGUUCUAUGCCAAAUGAUUUUAUUUAGUCAGUAUCGCCACGCAAUCGUAUUAUCCGUACAAAUAUUCGUUUUGUUUUGCUUUUUUAUUGUUUCUGUUAAUUUUUACCGCUGUGAUGUUACCGAACCAAUUACAUACCGAUUUUUCUUUGAAAAUAAACGUACAAUUUGCAAAUAAAA